AUGGUGCCGGAUAUCCCCACGGUCAGUAAGAAAGGGCUCGAUAAAAGCCACCGGCGUGCUCAUGAUGAUCCUCAAUCCUCGUGCGCUCUUUGUCCUGAUCUCGAGCGCAACGAGCUUCACCGAGAGCAACCCGGACGAUCCACGGGAGGGCGUGGCCUUUGCGAUUGUAGGCUUGCAGGUCGUGUGUCCUUUGAUUCGCCAAGUGUACCUAUUCUACCGCACGAGGAAGACGGAGCAGACGAGAAGACGGUGCAGACCACCAAGGCACAGGAAGGAUCCGAGGCCUCCUUCGCGCUGGGGGGCGAACCGCAGUACGACAACAACAUUAUCAACUACCAAAGUCGAGGAGGCUCCAUGGCGGACGACAUGACGCCCAAGAUGCGGAACCCGCGCCAGUACGCGUAG